AUGCAGCAGCCGCCUUUCUCCCUGCUACCUGCCACCUGCGAACUCUGUGGAAAUUGGCUUCCUAACCACCAGACUUCAUGUCCCAGAAACGGUGUCCAUCCUUCCCAAUGGACAAUGACGACGCUACUUAUCGUUGACGUUGACAGCAACAACGACAGCUUCGACAGCUUCGACAGCAUCCCCCAAGACAGCGAUCAGGACGACGUCUAA